AUGACGGAAACAACAGAUGCAAUGUACCGCUUGAAAGAGCUCGGCCUCCGGCAUGGACGAUUUCAAAGCAAAUUUCGAACCCGGCGUGAGCCAAAGACUCGACGAACCAAAAAAAUUCGCCGAGGAUUUCCUUGGGAAUCAACAUUUAUGCGAAAGUCGAAAGCAGAAAAAAUGGAGAUCAUCAUGAAGCCAUGGUUAUACCCGAUGGCGGCUCAAAAUCUUUCAGCAAUCCUUAUUCAGAAACGUGCGCGUGGAAUGCUCUGUCGAAUGCAUUGGUCAAGUGGUUUCUUAACUUUCAAAGCGGCUCAACGAUUACACGAAGGAGGGAAUACAAUGGCAGACACUCAGUUUCGAAGUCCAAUACAACAAUUUGUGGCUAACGGGGGUAACUAUUUCGAUGAGAGCGGCUUCUAUACAUUUGUCGUAACAAAGAUACAGGCUUGGUUCAAGAUGCAGCGACUGCGAUGGCGUAGAGUACUCGAUCGCUAUCCGCUCUACCACAUCGCGGCAUUGCAGCUUCAAUACGCAUGGAAAGUGUACCGUCAACAGAAAUUGAACGAACGUCAAGCGCGUAGUCCCACUUUGUGGUCGGCUAUGUCGUCUGUACAUCGUGCUGCAUUGUGUAUUCAAACCUUCUGGAAGAGUUAUUCAUACCGGCGUAUCUUUCAGUACUAUCGCGAUCUCCUUACAUUCCGCGGCACCGGCGAUCCAGUUCAAAUGUUGCGAGCAAUCAAUCCUUCCGAGGCGUCGCUUUUGGACGCCUCUAUGAGCGCACAAGUUCGAUUCCGUCUUGGUGGUCUAACAUUUCCGCCAACUGUAUACUACAAGAUCUUUACACGCAAGCCUGUGUGCGAUUUGGGCGUAUUUAGCCCAAAAGAUUACACCAUAUCUCGCAAAAGUGCAUCAGUGACGCAUUCGCAGGUCAAGUCUCGAAUAAAUCAAUACUUGUACAUCCGCGUUGGUAAUUCGUACUACAGAGCACAACAUCAGAUGGAAGAUACUCGGCUAUGGUAUUCUCGUCUUGAGAACAACGGCUGGCGACCAGUAACUGCUAAGGUGCUGGCCGAAGCUAACGCCGACCCAAUCACACGCACCACAGGAAGUCGAUAUACAAUUGGUGGCAAUUAUCACUACUCAAAGCUCGUGCGAUUGCAGGACCGCGAACGCACUCGCCGUAACAAGAAGCGACUAUGGAUGCAAAAAUUAUACGCACAGGGGCUACUGUCUGAAUCGACUCACCUUAGACACGAGAACGAGCAUCGGUCAAUUGCGUUUGAUGUGGAUUUCGACGACGAGAAAUGGGAGACUGAGGCAGAGGAAAUGUUCCAGUGGGCUUCCGCCCUUGAUUACGACGAAUAUGUGAAUAACUGGUACGAUCUUGGUCGUACUGCAGCUACCGGUGAUGAGCUGGCUGAGUCAUUGUCGAAUAAAAUAAUACGUUCUAGCUUUGACUUAAGGAGCGCACAGCUCAUUUGA